UUAAUUUCUAGCAAAUAUAGAGUUUGUUCUUUUGAUACGCAUACAAACAAGAUUUUGAUAUGCAUACAAAUAAUUGGAGAUUCGUAAGAGACGCUGCAACUCAAGGUCUUUAGAAGCCAUGCAGUGUGGUAUAUCAGUGUGAAGUUCCUAUUCCUAAACAUAUUUUGAACAACUUGCCAACAAAACAUCCUCCAAAGACCAAAGAAUGAGACGUAAAGGCAUUCAUGGAUCAACUAAGUUUUGUAGCUCAUAUCUCAUGCAAUAAAUGAGAGCUAUAAAUUUCAGUUGAGAGAGCACGAAGUUGUUACCCCCCAAACUCAAAAAUGCACUACAAAUACAUGCUAGAGAAGUGGUGUAAGCCAGAACUAAAGCAAGCCACGCUAAUGGAGGCACCAAAACAAGAACCAAAGGAAAUGGCGAUUCCUCCAAAGUCAUUUGGGAAGAGAAAAAAAUGGACCAAGCUCGACAAGGAUGUUGCUUGUUCUCUCUUCUUUGUGCAUCUACUUAGCAUGUUUGCACCAUUUUACUUCAAUUGGAGGGCGUUUUGGAUUGCCUUUGCAUUAUACGUCGCCACUGGCCUCUUUGGCAUAAGUGUUUCCUAUCACAGAAAUCUUGCACACAAGAGCUUUACGCUUCCCAAAUGGCUCGAAUACUUAUUUGCUUAUUGUGGAGCUCAUGCCCUUCAGGGCGAUCCAAUUGAUUGGGUGAAUACGCAUAGAUGUCACCAUCGAUUUGUUGAUACGGAAAGAGACCCACAUAGCCCAAUUCAAGGAUUCUGGUUCAGUCACAUUACUUGGCUUUUGGAUUCCUACUCUUUGACCAAAAGAGUUUGUCCGAAGUAUUUCACCGAUUUUCAAAAAGUUGAAAGAAACAUCUUUGUGAUGUUUUCAAAACAUGGUAGACCCGAUAAUGUGGGCGACUUGGAGAAGCAAACCUUCUAUAGAUUUAUUCAUAAGACAUAUUUUCUUCAUCCAAUUAUUCUUGCCAUCAUCCUCUACGCAUAUGGAGGAGCUCCUUUUCUUAUAUGGGGAAUGGGUGUAAGGAUCGUAGUGGUCCUACACAUAACAUGUAUGAUAAAUUCAGUAUGUCAUAUUUGGGGAAAACAGCCAUGGAGGACAGGCGAUUUGUCAAGAAACAAUUGGUGGGUGAGUUUGGUUUCAUUUGGAGAAGGAUGGCACAAUAACCAUCAUGCAUUUGAAUAUUCAGCUCGGCAUGGAAUUGAAUGGUGGCAAAUUGACUUUGGUUGGUACGUUGUUAUGUUUCUUGAAGCCAUUGGAAUUGCCACUAAUGUCAAAGUACCCUCUCAAAACCAGAAGCAAAAGUUGGCAAUCGACGCACCAAAAGAAGGCCUUUAGAUGCUUUAAACAUAAAUUAGUCUACUUUUAUAAAUGUUUCAGACGAGAAUAAAAUUAUACCUAUAUACACUAUUUACUACUUGGUAAAAGUAUGUAAUCCAAAAUUAUAUUGUUAGUAUAUUUACAAGAAAAUCCGAU